AUGCUUCCCGCCAAAACGCAUAACGCUGCCCAGCAUUUCCCGCCAAAAACUGAAGGUCAUCCUCAAAUUUGCUCUCUGAGUCUGAUUCUUCUUCUACGCUUCCCUCUCUCACGCAGCGCACACAGACGGACGCAGCGGAGAAGCAUGAAGGAUCUUGAUUUCAAUGCCGACAAAGUCCUCGCAAAGGAUUUCCUGACCAACUUCGCCGAUGCACAUGGCGAAUCCAAAUACCUCAACAUCCUCCAAGAAGUUGCCAACCGUAAAAUCCGAGCAGUCCAGAUUGACCUCGAGGAUCUCUUCAACUAUAAGGAUUUGGACGAGGAGUUCCUUAGAAGGGUGACUGAAAAUACUCGUCGAUAUCUCUGUAUUUUCGCCGAUGCCAUUGAUGAGCUCGUUCCACAGCCAACAGAGGCAUUUCCGGAUGACGACCAUGAUAUCCUGAUGACUCAGAGGACGGAGGAAGGGACUGAGAACGCAGAUGGCUCGGAUCCAUUCCAGAGGAUGCCCCCAGAGAUUAAGCGUUUCUACGAAGUCUACAUAAAAGCUUCGUCUAAAGAAAGGCCAUUUUCACUUCGAGAAGUUAAAGCUUCCAAUAUUGGCCAGCUUGUAAGGAUUUCUGGGAUUAUAACUCGAUGUUCGGAUGUUAAGCCGUUGAUGCAGGUAGCUGUGUAUACAUGUGAAGAGUGCGGAUUUGAAAUUUACCAGGAAGUAACAGCCAGAGUAUUCAUGCCUCUGUUUGAGUGCCCAUCCAACCGUUGUAAAAUCAACAAAACUAGAGGGAAUCUCAUCCUUCAGCUUAGAGCAUCAAAAUUUUUGAAAUUUCAGGAGGCAAAAAUUCAAGAAUUAGCGGAACAUGUUCCAAAGGGUCACAUACCACGGGCAAUGACCAUUCAUUUUAGAGGAGAUCUCACUAGGAAGGUAGCCCCAGGUGAUGUUGUUGAAUUGUCAGGAAUUUUUCUUCCUAUUCCUUACACAGGAUUUAGAGCAAUGCGGGCAGGCUUGGUUGCAGAUACAUACUUGGAGGCCAUGUCCGUUACCCAUUUCAAGAAAAAAUAUGAGGAGUAUGAACUUAGAGAUGAUGAAGAGGAGCAAAUCACACGCUUAGCUGAGGAUGGUGAUAUUUACAAUAAGUUGGCAAAGUCAUUAGCACCUGAAAUUUUCGGCCAUGAAGAUGUUAAAAAAGCUCUUCUUCUCCUCCUUGUGGGUGCUCCUCACAGGAAAUUGAAAGAUGGAAUGAAGAUCAGAGGAGACCUCCAUAUUUGUUUGAUGGGAGAUCCUGGGGUUGCAAAAAGUCAGCUUCUCAAGCACAUAAUCAAUGUUGCACCCAGGGGAGUGUAUACCACAGGGAAAGGAAGCAGUGGGGUUGGUCUAACUGCUGCUGUUCAGAAGGAUCCAGUAACAAAUGAGAUGGUCCUUGAAGGAGGAGCCUUGGUGCUUGCAGAUAUGGGUAUAUGUGCUAUUGAUGAGUUCGACAAGAUGGAUGAAUCUGAUCGGACAUCGAUACAUGAAGUGAUGGAGCAGCAAACAGUCAGCAUCGCCAAGGCUGGAAUCACUACAUCUCUCAAUGCUAGGACUGCUGUUCUAGCUGCUGCAAACCCUGCCUGGGGAAGAUAUGAUCUACGGAGAACUCCAGCUGAAAAUAUUAACCUCCCUCCGGCCCUUCUGUCACGUUUUGAUCUCCUAUGGCUGAUUCUGGAUCGGGCAGAUAUGGACAGUGACCUUGAAAUGGCAAGGCAUAUCUUGUAUGUCCACCAAAACAAAGAAUCUCCUGCUCUUGGGUUCACUCCGCUUGACCCAUCUGUUCUUCGGUCAUAUAUCUCAGCUGCAAGAAGAAUGUCUCCGUACGUGCCAAAGGAGCUGGAUGAGUACAUAGCGAGUGCAUACACUGGCAUUCGGCAGGACGAGGCAAAAUCAAAUGCUCCUCAUUCCUACACAACAGUGCGGACCCUACUCAGUAUUCUCCGGAUAUCCACUGCGCUAGCAAGGCUCAGAUUCUCAGAAACUGUGGCUCAGAGUGAUGUGGACGAGGCACUGAGGUUAAUGCAGAUGUCAAAGUUCUCACUAUAUUCAGAAGAUCGUCAGAAAUCUGGUCUGGAUGCCAUUUCUGACAUCUAUUCAAUUCUGCGAGAUGAAGCUGCAAGGAUGAACCGUUUGGAUGUGAGCUAUGCCCAUGCACUCAAUUGGAUCUCCAGAAAGGGAUACAGUGAAGCUCAAUUGAAGGAGUGCUUAGAGGAAUAUGCAGCUUUAAAUGUGUGGCAGAUCCAUCCAAAUACCUUUGACAUUCGCUUCAUUGAUGCUUAAUUUUUUCUAUUUUGGAGAGAAAC